GUCGGGACAUGCACGCAUUGAGUUAUUACCGGAAAUGCCUGCAACUGGCAUUGACGAUGCGGAAGCUAUAAAUUAUAAAUAUUUUGACCCUCCUACACUAGAGUUUUUGAUUCCUGAAAGGGGUCCUGCUGGAGGGGGCACAACUGUUCACAUUCACGGGCUUAAAUUUAAAGACACUCGGCACUUAAGCUGUAAGCUACGGAAUAUACACGUCCAGGCAGCAUUUAUCAGCGAAAGGGAGAUUGUUUGUCUGACUCCCUCAUGCACAUUAGGGAAUGUGGCGGUUGAUAUUUCCCUGAAUAGAAGAGAUUUUUCUGGGAGGUAUGCCGAGUUCAAGUAUCUCCUGUAAUACUCGUUAUCUGCUGGUUUAUUUAUCUUCGUAGCAUUUAUACUGUAGCCCUAUUACUUUGGAACGUACUUCCAUA